AUGAAUUAGAAAAUUGUGAUGAGAAAUGAAGACUAGGAAGUUGAAGUGUCUGGGACAGAAUAAGUAUUUCAUCAAUUUAUGUUUAGGCAGUUGAAAUAUAGUAAGAGACCAUUAAAGUAAAUGAAGCUCAUAUUGAUAUAAUUGUAAAAGAAUUUGAUGUUGAUCGAUUUUAAGCAACAAGAUGGUUAAAAAAGAAUGAUGGAGAUUUAUAAAAAACUAUUAAGUGGAUAAUUAGUAAUUGA